AUGGAAUUGGAGGGUUGGAGGCGCACAGAGAAGAGAUUGGAAAUUGGGAGGCACACAAAGAAGAUAUUGGAGGCAGAGAUUGGAAAUUGGGAGGCACACAAAGAAGAUAUUGGAGGCUUGGGGCGGCGCACGGAAUUGAGGUUAGAGGCAUAUGAGAACUCCAGGAUCUACAAGGAAAAGACCAAAGUUACGCACGACAAAUUGAUUGCCAAGAAGGAGUUCAACGUUGGCAAUAAAGUCCUCCUCUACAAUUCACGCCUAAAGCUGAUGCCUGGUAAGUUGCGUUCUAGAUGGGUUGGUCCUUUUGUGGUUACUCAUGUUUCUCCCUAUGGUGUAGUUGAGAUCAUGGACGGGUCGACUACAAAGAAAUUCACAAUUAAUGGGCAGAGGCUUAAACAUUUCUACGAGGGCUUUACAGAACACACAGUGGAGGAGCUAUCUCUCUUGGACCUUCCUCCGACUUGA